CAAACGAAACAUGUGAGUCAGUGCAUGGAAGUGAACGAGAACGAUUCGUUCAUUUAAAAGAUUCGUUCAAAAACACCGAGUCGUUAACAGCUCUAACUGUGAUCCACUUCGAGACAUUUAGCUACAUGUUUUGGAUACACUCUUGGAUACCGUAUUUGCGCGAAAAAACUUAAUCUGGCUUUCACAGCAGACCGCAGAACCUCAUCAGUGGAAAGUUUUUAGUCACGGAAACAUUGUUCUUCAGGGUUUCUGGUCCUUGGUUUUGGAUCAUUUGCUCUGUCCCAGCCAGUGGACCGCGGUCCCGUAUAAGCUUGGUGUUAUCAGAACCGCCGCUUUAAUAUGUUUUAAAGUAGCCGUUUUCAUACGCUGGUGCGAACCUGCCAACGCCUUCCCUCUCUUUGGCAUCGUUAUUCUUCAAGCUGUAGGACAUUUACUACAACGUUCAGUUUUAAAGGCUUUUAUUAAUCGUUUUAUAAACGUUUUGCAAAAUGGGUUGCACGUUAAGUGCUGAAGAUAAAGCAGCGAUGGAGAGGAGUAAGAUGAUUGAUCGGGACCUGCGACAGGACGGAGAAAAAGCAUCGAGAGAAGUCAAACUACUGCUGCUCGGUGCUGGGGAAUCAGGGAAGAGUACAAUAGUUAAGCAGAUGAAGAUCAUUCAUGAAGAUGGCUACUCAGACGAAGAGUGCAAGCAGUACAAAGUCGUGGUUUACAGCAACACUAUUCAAUCCAUCAUUGCCAUUAUCAGGGCCAUGGGCCGUUUAAAGAUCGACUUUGGGGAUCCUGCAAGAGCGGACGAUGCUCGGCAGCUCUUUGUGCUUGCCGGCACUGCAGAGGAAGGAGUCAUGACCCCUGAGCUCUCCGGGGUCAUUCGCCGGCUAUGGAGGGAUGAAGGAGUGCAGACGUGUUUCGUCAGAUCACGAGAGUAUCAGCUCAAUGAUUCAGCAGCCUACUAUCUGAAUGAUCUGGAUAGGAUAUCCCAGCCCACCUACAUGCCCACUCAACAAGAUGUGCUGAGGACUCGAGUCAAGACCACUGGCAUUGUGGAAACACACUUCACCUUCAAAGAGCUCUACUUCAAGAUGUUUGAUGUUGGUGGCCAGCGUUCAGAGCGGAAGAAAUGGAUUCAUUGUUUUGAAGGCGUCACCGCUAUUAUCUUCUGUGUGGCACUCAGCGACUAUGACCUGGUGCUGGCGGAGGAUGAAGAGAUGAACCGUAUGCAUGAGAGCAUGAAGCUUUUUGACAGCAUCUGCAACAACAAAUGGUUCACAGACACAUCCAUCAUUCUCUUCCUCAAUAAGAAGGAUCUGUUCGAGGAGAAGAUCAAGAGAAGUCCACUCACGAUAUGCUACCCAGAAUACUCUGGAACAAACACAUACGAGGAGGCAGCGGCCUACAUCCAGUGCCAGUUUGAGGAUCUGAACAGAAGAAAGGACACAAAGGAGAUCUACACACACUUCACUUGUGCCACGGACACCAAGAACGUACAGUUUGUGUUUGAUGCGGUCACUGAUGUCAUCAUCAAGAAUAACCUCAUAGAGUGUGGCCUCUAUUGAAGCAUCUUCUGUCUGCUAAGUUAUUUAUGGAAGAUUUCCAAGGUUCACUGUCUGGUUGCUCCUGGUUUCGUCUGUUUCCUCCGGUGGCGAAUGAGCGAGAGAGACUUCCAUCAGCAUGCACUCUUCACGCUAAGUGCGGUACCUAUGCCCAUGGACAUUUUUCCCGUAUCCUUUCUUAAUGACAGUCUGUUAUGGACAUUAUUUCUUUUCCACUUCCUUUUAGUCUUUAUUUUAUUGCCCAUACAGCUCCAUUAUAUUCAUUUCCUGUUUCCUCUAUAGGUAUUACAUGACACACCACUAUGCAUUGAUCAUAAUCCACAAUGGAUGGUAAAAUGUGACUAUAUGCUAACCGCCGUUGCAUCAAAUAUCUUUUUUUUUAAAACACUGCAAGCAGAUUUCGAGUCCUUUUAAUAACAAUAUAUCAGUUCUUGUGGGAAAGUUACCAUUUUGCCAAGUUUUUCAUAGUGAUUAUUUAGCUAAUUUAUUAAUUUUUUAGAUCUGUCUUUAAGUUUGCAUACAUAUCAGAAUUUCUCAGAAUUAAGUCACUAUGAUGAGAAGUGAAACUGAGCUAGUGUGGGAACUAUUGUUGUAUAUUGUGUUAUUGUCAUACUUUAGUAAUUCACAGCCCGAUCACACACCAACAGGACACAGUUUAUUUUUUCACUAAUUAGACAUGGAUCACUUUAUAUAACACUUUAUAUAACACACUAUUUUUGUAUCUCAUAAGGACCAGUAAAGGGGUGAAAAAAUGUUUUUCUCACAGAUACAUUUCUGAAUGGUGCAAAAAUAAUGACCUUAUGUUGGGUCAGGAACACUUGGGAACAAAUGCCAUGAAAACACAACAGAUUUGCAUUCUUGAUGGAGUACAGAUUUUUCUAAAACUAGUGUGAUGUGCUUUUGUUUAAUCCUGUGGAUUUCAGUAUUUUUAAACAAACUGACACAAUGUGAUCUGGUUUGUAAUACCUGUAUUUAAUAUGAAAAGGGUUGACAUCAAGUUCGAUGUCUGUAAUAUCUUGUUCCCAAAACAUGCCAAACAGCCAGAGUUACCAGCAUGUGCAAGUAAAAAGUAUGGUAUUCCAAUGCUGGUACAUUCAUCUACUUGGUUUGGUUUCAUGCAACAAUCUGUGAUUUCUUUUCUAUAUCACUGUGCUUUUUUUAACUUCACUACCAGUCAAAAGUUUUUGAACAGUAGGAGUUUUAAUGUUUUUUAAAAAAUUCUCUUCUGCUCACCAAGCCUGCAUAUAUUUGAUCCAAAAUACAGCAAAAGCGGUAAUAUUGUGAAAUAUUUUUAAUAUUUAAAAUAACUGCUUUCUAUUUGAAUAUAUUUUAAAAUGAAUUUUAUUUCUGUGAUCAAAGCUAAAUUUUCUCCAUCAUUACUCCAGUCUUCAGUGUCACAUGAUCAUUCAGAAAUCAUUAUAAUAUGCUGAUUUGCUGUUCAAGAAACAUUUAUUAUUAUUAUUGAACAGUUGAGUACAUUUUUUUUUUCAGGAUUCUUUGAUAAAUAGGAAGAUUUUAAAUUACAGAUAAAUUAUAAGAAUAAUAUUUUUAUGCUUUAAAUUAAUCAAAAGUAAUGAUAAAGAAAUUUAUAAUGUUACAAAAGACUACAUCAUUAUUUUCAUUAUUUCAAAUGCUGUUCUUCUGAACUUUCUAUUUAUCAAAGAAACCUGAACAACAACUUUUCAAACCAUAAUAAUAAGAAUACAUGUUUUUGAGCAGCAAAUCAGAAUAUUAGAAUGAUUUCUGAAGGAUCAUGAUGAUGUGAUGAUGCUAAAAAUCACAGGAAAAUUUCAGCUUUAAAAUCACAGGAAUAAAUUACAUUUGAAAAUAUAUUCAAAUAGUAAACAGUUAUUUUAAAUAGAAAAAAUAUUUUAAAAUUGUACCGUUUUUGUUGUACUUUGGAUCAAAUAAAUGCAGGCUUGGUGAGCAGAAGAGACUUCUUUAAGAAAAAUAAAUUAAAUUGUUAAAUUUAAAUUAAAAAUCUAACCGUUCAAAAACUUUUGACUGGUAAUGUAUUUUAGCUAUUGUAAACAUGAAAGUGCAAAUGAACAACUAACGUUAAUGACAGCACUGAAUCACUAAUAUGCUAAUAACUUGGUUUGUUUAAUUUUUCGAACACCUUUCUAUUGAGUGUUAUUAAAAACCUUAAUUUUCAGUCUUUUUAGAUCAUGUGUAACUCCAAAGUACAAUGUCACCAAUUGCUGCACUUUUGAAAAAAUACAAUCAAAUAACAUUUGUUUAAAGGGUUCAUCGGAUGCGAAGUUCACUUUUACAUGUUGUUUGAACAUUAAUGUGUGUUGGCAGUGUAUGUACAAAUCUACCCUACAAUGAUAAAAAUCCAUGCAGUGGUUUUUAAUUAAUAUGUAAAAAUAAUAUCCCCUUUUUCAAAUUGAGCCAUUCUCAGAUGCCUGUCAGUGUGGUGUCACACCAACAGAGGCCGCUCCCACAAUAGUUGAUUGACAUGAGUGUCAGCUGUAACAGUCCAACCUCCAUUGUUUCGAUGCCGGAGCAAGGAUAUAAGUUAGACAAGAAUAUCUCCGAUUGAGCGAUUGAGGUGUUGUGUUGCUGGAUGUAAUAAUGAACAUACUGGUCAUUUAGUACCAACACCUGAGCUGCUGAAGAUGCAAUGGAUUAUGUUUGUUUGUGAAGGGAACGCGCCUCCCGAUCUACAUGUAUCCAUUAUGUUUGGGCGAAUUAUUCGUGAUCCAGCUUCACUUACAGCAGAAGUGAGUAUAUUCCUAGUAUAUUCAUAUAUUCCUAAUAACGUGCUAGUUAGCAAGUUUAGUGGCUAAAUGCGGCUAAAGUAAACAGGCUCGUCACUCCACAGAGAGAAGAGAGGGGCGGGGCGAGCAGAGCUCAUUAACAAUUAAAGCAACGUCGACCAGAACAAAAUGAUUUUUGCAGAGCUCAUUUUGACAAGGUAUAAAGGGUGUUGUUUUACACAACCAUUGAGAAUUUUUAACCAAAGUAUAUUAUGGACUUUUCAUUAAGACCCUAAAGAAUAUAUCAACUUGUGGAAAAUGGGCAUCCGAUGACCCCUUUAAAGAAACAUAUAGUAUAUACGUAAUCAUAAUCAGAACUACAACAUGAGUUGAAAAUAAUCUGUUUUUUAAAUGGAUCCAAGAUUAUGUUGAAACAGUGAAGACACAUUUUUACUUAAAUCAUACCUAGAUGUAUUUUGUCUUGUGUAUCUGGUCUAUUACUUCAAAUGUGCAAUUGCCAUUUUUGGCUCUUUAUUUCCUACAAUUCCAAUUGUUUCUCUGAUUGUGCCUGUGGCUCUGAAUGUGUAUAUAUGUGUACCCUCACGAUUGUUAGAUAUCUUUACUACUCAUUUUAGCUGUCAUAAAGACACCUGUUUUUUUGAUUACAUAAUACUCUUAGCAAAAAGA